AUGUGCCCCUGUACAUCCAUAUAUUUAGCCAUCAUCCUUGCUCUCAGCCUGGCACCCAUGGCAGCUGCCAAGAAAUGCUACUAUUGUGAUGUGCAAGUGGCACCUCACUGCGUGGGUAUCCCUAUGAAUUGUGGGGAAGAAGAAGAUUGCUACAUUGGGCAUGGCACAGCUCAGGGUUUACCAGGAAUUAUAAAAAAGGGUUGUAUACAGACUAUCUCCUGUGACUGGCCGCAAUCUAUUACCCACCUGGAUGUAACCUAUAAUCUGACUACCUACUGCUAUCCAGGGGACCUGUGUAACGUGGUCCAACCCUGCCGGGUCACAAAGCCACUAGAUGCUACUACUGCUGUCGCUGUGGCUGCUGGAUUUCUACUGGCACUUCUUCUCUGCUGGCUGCUGUAA